GGUUGUCAUGUUCAUCGAAUCAUUCAAUACGUCUCCUCUCAUUCUUCGUUGUCAAAAUCCUCAAGAACCUUCUGACUUCGCUUAGCUUUUCUCUCUUAAGCCCCGCCGCGUGAAAACCUUUAACUCCGGGAAAGAACCGCCGCGAUGUCUUUCCUCUUCCGUAAGAACGGGAGCAGUUCACGGAGACGAAUCAAAGAAAAACUCCGUGGUCGGAAGUCAGAUCGCGGGAAGAGAGGAGAAGAAGAAGAAGAGAGAGUCAGCUCCGAUUCGUUACCGCCACCGCCUUCUCCUUGGGGUUUUCUCUUCCCGGAGGAUUUCGUGCGAAUUGACGGUAAUCUCAAAGCAGUUAUUGUAGAUGAAGAAGGAUUAGAUGUGAUUUACUGGAAAAAGCUUAUUGAGCUUGAAAAUAGCGGCAAAAUUAGGAAAAACCCUAAACCUAGAAGAGGAGAGAAAUCCGAUGGUGGAUUUAGAAGAAAUGGAGCAGAUAAUUAUGAAGGAUUCUACGGAGGAUCGGGUAGUAAUCAGAAGGAAGAUGAAUCGAUUGAAGAGGGGUUUUCGUUUCCUGUGAAGAACUCUCAAUCUCAUUCAUCAUCAGGUGGUGAAGUUGGAGAUCAGAGUGCUAAUAACGCUAGUGUUGAUGGAGGGAGAUACUACACUUCCUCUUCCUCUGCCUCACCAUCACGACCUUCUUCUUCCUUUACAGGCGGAGGUAGUGAUUACGGAAAACAAUCCAAGUUUCAAGCUCCUGGCCGUGCCUCAUUUCCCUCUUCUCCUGCGCGGAUUCCGGCGAACCAAAUCACUGGUGGCGGUGGUGGUGGUGGUGGUGGUGGUAGUGGUGGUGGUGGUGGUGGUGGUGGUGGUGGUGGUGGUCAUUAUCCUCCACUUCCGCUUCCUCCAGCUCAAUUAGCUGCCGCAAUUGCGUCGUCAUCUGUAUCGUCACCACCUCUUACAGUUAAUCAAGCAUUACCAAAUGUCCCAGCUAACCAAACUUCACCACCUCUUCCACUAGCUGGGGCACCACCUCCAACGCCAUCUGCUGGCGCGCCACCUCUCCCUCCACCGCCAUCUGCUGGCGCACCACCUCUCCCUCCACCGCCAUCUGCUGGCGCACCACCUCUCCCUCCACCACCUGUUCCGGCUAAAACAGCACCUGCACCACCACCACCUCCUCCUCCAGGUAAGAAGGCACCAGGCCCGCCGCCACCGCCUCCAAUGGGGAAGACUGGGCCACCUAAACCGCCAGGUAAUGGGAAAGGACCGGCCAAGGCGGCUGAGAGUUCGUCAACCAUAGGCAAAGAGGAUCCGACGCAGCCAAAGCUCAAGCCUUUGCAUUGGGAUAAGGUUAACCCUGAUGCUAGUCACUCAAUGGUGUGGCAUAGGAUCGAUGGUGGCUCCUUCAACUUUGAUGGUGAUCUCAUGGAGGCUCUGUUUGGAUACGUUGGUGCUCGGAAGCCAAGUGAAGCAAACAAUGUACCACAGAAACCGACUGUUUCAAUUACGCAGACUUACAUUCUUGACCCUCGGAAAUCUCAGAACAAAGCAAUUGUGCUUAAAUCUCUGGGAAUGACUAAGGAGGAGAUCAUUGACUUGUUAACAGAAGGCCAUGAUGCUGAUCCUGAUACCCUUGAGAAGCUUUCUGGUAUAGCCCCAACGCCGGAAGAACAGACAGAGAUCAUAGAGUUCAGUGGGGACCCAACUAAACUUGCUGAUGCAGAAUCUCUACUGUUUCACAUCUUACGAGCAGUUCCUUCAGCGUUUAAUCGGUUCAAUGUCAUGCUCUUCAAGAUUAACUACGGUGCAGAGGUUACUCAACAAAAGGGAUCUUUACAGACACUUGAAUCCGCGUGCAACGAGCUCCGUGCUCGUGGGCUAUUCAUGAAACUUCUAGAGGCGAUCUUGAAAGCAGGUAACAGAAUGAACGCUGGAACCGCUAGAGGAAAUGCUCAGGCUUUCAAUUUGACAGCUCUAAGAAAACUGUCGGAUGUGAAGAGUGUUGAUGGGAAAACUACUUUACUUCACUUUGUUGUUGAAGAAGUUGUUAGAUCUGAAGGAAAAAGGGCUGCAAUGAGUAAGAUCUCAACUGAUAAUACAGAUGCAUCUAGAGAAGAACAAGAGAUUGAAUUUGUAAAACUGGGUUUACCCAUUAUCGGUGGCCUGAGUUCAGAGUUCACUAAUGUGAAGAAAGCAGCUGGAAUUGACUAUGACUCGUUUGUAGCCACGACCUUAGCUUUAGGCACCCGACUGAAAGAAACAAAGCGGCUAUUAGACCAAAGCAAAGGGAAAGAAGAUGGGUGUUUGACAAAGCUGAGAUCUUUCUUUGAAUCGGCAGAGGAAGAACUGAGAGUUAUUACAGAGGAACAGCUGAGGAUAAUGGAUUUAGUGAAGAAAACCACGAAUUAUUACCAAGCCGGAGCAUUGAAAGAGAGGAACCUGUUUCAGUUGUUUGUUAUAAUCCGUGAUUUCUUAGCGAUGGUUGAUAAUGCUUGUAGUGAGAUCGCAAGGAAUCAACGGAAGCAGAGACCAGCAGUAACGGUGGGAGAAGCAUCAAGUUCAACAGCAGAAGCAACAACACCGAGAGCUGCUGCACCGCAAAGGAACGCGGUGAGGUUUCCGAUUCUGCCUCCAAAUUUCAUGUCAGAGCACUCAAGGUACAGUUCAAGUGAGUCAGACUCAGAUUCUUGA